AUGUGGAAUUCCAGCAAGCACUUGUGUUUCCCUGAACAGCCCAGGACCAACUUCCUGGGUCCCAGGAACAGGAGGGCGAGUAAAAACCACACCAACAAACUGCAAGAGCUGGCAUUGCUGCUGCCUGUGGCCCUGAGGACCAGUACCAAGAAGUUCACCAAGAAGGAGAUUCUGCUGCACGUCCUGUACUACAUUCACUACCUCCAGAGAAAAAUCGAUGCGGCCAAGGCCUUGCUCGAAUUCCACACCACCGAUGGGAACGGUGGACUGGGGGGGCUGGGUUGGAAGCAGGCCGCAGGCCCAGCAAAGUGGAGACACUCCACCCCGUCCAGCACCCCACACUCUCACGAGUCCCAUCUUUGGGGAGGCUGCCAGAAACCUCGGAAGAAGAAGCCGGCCCAAGCAUCAGAACGCCAGACCCGGGCCCAGAACCCUCGUCGCUGUCUGGCCCUGGACCAGCCUAAGAAGCAGGUGACCCCAUCCCCAGACCAGAGAGGAGGAAACAUGGUGGCGACCAUCACCCCUCCAAGAUGCCUCGACUCCUGCAGUCACCCCAAGGCUGUGUCAUCCCCGUCUCAAGGUGACAGAAAGGGAGGAAGAUCCUGGCUGACACUGCUGCAUAUGGCUGAGAACAGUGUCCACUGUGACAUCUCAACUUUUGAUAGGGCCGUGGGAUUCCAGAAACCUGCAGGCUGCUGUUGCAAAAACAGUGCCCAGGAUGCGGGGCCUUACCCUGCCUUCGAGGCCCAGCAACGGGUUGAGAGGAUCCAUUUUCUCAACAGGACCCAGCCCCGUCCCAGGCAGAAGCUGGUGUUGUGCAAUUACAGCGAGGAGGUGGACAAGGAGUCCCCAGAUGCUGACCCUUGGCUUCCUGCCUGGACCCCAAAGGGCAGCGCCCAUGGGAGCCCACUCGCCUUGGGGACUCCCCAGAUUGACAACUGGAAUGCGACAGGCCACCGGAGCGAGAUCCUAGGGCUCAGCCCCUCCCUCUUCAGCUCCCCGGCGAAACUGCAGCCAGAACAGAUCCUGGAGGAUGGCGCCAAGCACCUGACCCAAGCUCUCUUUGAAGAAGUAUUCUUAGAUCCUGCGUCUUCGCCUUCCGCCUGCACGCUUGAGGGACUACAGAAGAAGGACACACCCCCUGAGGCCCCCGAAGACCUUCCCGACUCCCUCAGCCGGUGCCAGUCCUUGGUCUCGCUGGACCACUGCUACCUGUCGCUGUGUGAGAACAGCAAGGAGCUGUGCAGCCCCAGCUCGGAGGACACGGACACAGACUCGGUGUGGAGGCAGCAGGAGGAUGUUCAGGCCGACCUCGAGGGCCUGCAGUCCUCCAGCGAUGAGGAUGAGAGUUAUACGUGGACCCCCACCCAGCGGGCCUCAGCCCUGCCCGCAGCCGGAAGGAAGGGCAGGGCGGGCAGGGGCCUUGUGAAGCCCAAUGAGAGCAAGCAAACCCCCUGCCCCACCCAGAUGAAGAAGAAGUGUGUCAACGGCUUCAUCAUGUUCUGCAGGAUGAACCGGAAGCAGUACAUCAGAGCCUGCCCUGGGACCGCAUCCACGACUGCCACCAAGGAGCUGGCCCACCUCUGGCGGAUGAUGACCCUGCAGGAGCGGAGACCAUAUUGCACCAAAGCGCGCAGGUUCAGUCGCCGGCACAACCGGAUCGUGAAGAAGGUCAGCUCCAGCAGCGAGGACGAGGACUGGGAGACCCCCAAGCCCUUCUACCAGCUGCUGGCUGAGAAGGCCCGCCGCCGCUAUACCGCGCGUGAGGGCAGCCUCACUCCCUCCGCCACUGCCUCGCAGCUCCUGCAGCCGUGGUCUGAAACGAGGCGCCGGUGGUGA